AUGUGUGAUUUCCUACAGUUCAUGUUGACUGUCAUUUUAAGCAUAGAAUCAAUAAGAGAAAAGUUAAGAAAUAUAUUUGUGGCUCUAGUGAACAUUAUGGACUGGAUCAAGAGAAGAAAGAUCUCUACAGUGGUUCAAAUCCUCACUGUUCUGGCCAUCUCUAGAAUUUCUCUGUUCUGGUCACCCUACUCAGACCACCGUGAGAGUGAACGAGAAAAAACUCCAGCUACAACCAACACUAUGUUCACACUCAUUUCCUUCACUGUGACCCUGAUUGCUUUCCUCUUGCUCAUCUUCCUCCUGUGGAGACAUCUGAAGAACACACAGUUCAUUGCCAAAGGCUCCAGAGACACCAGCACCACAGCCCACAUAAAGGCCCUGAAAAUGGUGGUCACCUUCCUGUCACUGUAUACCACUUUCUUUCUGUUGCUUUUCCUACUGUUUUGUAACAGUAACUUUAAGCAGAAAAGUCCAAUAAUUUUGUUUUUACUAGCCCUGGGAUUUGCUUUUCCCUCAGCCCAUCCAUGGGUCCUGAUUCUAGAGAACAAGAAGAUGAGAUAG